CGGUCCGUCAGCGCCCCUGCCCCUCCCCCACACACAUCGGCAACCGUAUGCCCACACACACCGAGAUGCACAAGCAUGGUGUGAGAACAUGACGAGAUCGACAUGUGAGAGUUAUCUUUUUGUGUGUCUGCACUCGCAGAUCGAAUCGUUGCCUACGUUCUAUAUUCGUCGGCAUAUCUUCGCUUCUUCGCAGUCAUGUCUCCGACAGGACCAGAACAGGACCUCAAUGGCAAAGACAUACACAAUACAAAAAGGAAUACUUUGUCUUCUCCGCUCUUCUCUCUGUGGCUGGGUGGUGUGCAGAUCGCUGGCUACAUUUUAUAUUCGAUCGGUCGAUGACGACUUCAAAGCGCACUGCCUUCCCAGCCGUUUGCACAUCAAAAGUGAGCUGUCAAAAUAUACUGCACUGAUCAAGUCAUCUGUACGUGUCUUGUGCCUCUGCGUGUGCAGAUGGAUGUCGCUGUCUCCCUCUUACAUCUCCGAUGCGCCUACUAACUAAAUCGCCCACGUCUGCCCCCGGCGGCCCCACAGGUACGGAAGUGAGGGAGACACAAAAGAGGUGGCAAUCAAGAUGUGCUAAUGUCUUUUCUCUCUUCUCUGUUUGUCUCCACAUCUUUGGCCGCUUUGGCGGCCCCCGAGAGACGCCUCUUCUAUCCGGCCCGCUACCCCACUGGCCCCACUGACGCGACGCUGCCUGACGCGAUGUGGGUACUCAUCUGUGUGUUCCCAUCUGUUCGAAGAAAGUCAGACGUCUGCUGUGUGCGAUCAUCAGGAAGUCAUCCGUCUGCUGAAAGACAAGCUCCGCGCCGAUGAGCGGGCCAAGAAUGAGGCCCUACUCGAGCAGGUAGGAGGAGAGGGAAGGCGGGCCAAUGGCUGCCAACAACCUCAACUGCCCUGUCUUUCAGGAGCUGUUGCGUGUGCGCCGGGAGAGUCGGAGAUCAUCAAGGUAAGAUCAUCGACCUGAACACAUACCAAUCUGAGAUGCCGUGUGGUGUUUGUGCAGGAGCUGACGGCCGCCAAGGACUGCAACAACCAGCUGCUCGACGAGCUCACCGAUGCGAACUUCAAGAAGCCCGCCGCGAAGGUACCCAUGAGAGGAGUGACGGCUUCAAUGAUGCAUUUGUGUGUGUCGACUUGUGUGUCAGACUACCGCGGUGCAGACGGUAUCCUCCACUCAUAUCCAUUCACUCACACAUGGGCAGAUCGACGUCCAUUCUACACGUGUGUGUGUGUGUGUGUGUGUGUGUAGGUCAACGAGCCUUCUCGUGUUGGUGGCGGCGGCAAGGCUGAAAGUCCUCCGGCUCCUCCUGUGUUGGUACGCGCCAUACACUCACUCACACAUGGGCAGAUCGACGUCCAUUCUACGUGUGUGUGUGGGUGUUGCUGUCAUCUGUGUGUGGCUUUGGAGGGCGGUCGAGCGCUACCAACGCCACCACCUCUCCCGCGACCCCAUCAUCAGCAGAGCCCGCCUGCUCACAGAGACGGCCUGGCGCCGCGCCGUCCUCUACGGCCCCUUCGGCUCAUCCACCGCCACGGCCGCCGUCGGCAGGGCAGGGUGCUCGCCGACCUGGCCACUGUCGGCGACUCCCUCGCCUGGGUGUUUCGGCUGCCGCGCGGGACGCCUUCGGCCCUCCAGCCAUACAACAGCAGUGAGCAGCCCACACAGAGAGAGCAGAGCAGUCCACCACACGCAUCCUGGCUCAUACGUACGUGUGUGUUGUCGUGAUGUCAUGGUGUAGGUCUUUCACCUGUGAGGCCGACAGAAGAGACCACACCGUGCAUCGCACACACACAGAAGGUGAGCGGGCGCUCUCUGAGGCGGUGCGAGGGGCGUGGAGGCAGUGCAGCGAGGCUUUGAGGGAUUCGGUGAAGGGCUCAUGGCAUGCUGGUGGGGGGCUGCAUGGGAGGGCAUGUCUGUGGGCGUCAGAAAGGCACCUGGGCGUCGCAGCGAGGCAGUCAGGCGGGCUCCCACGUGAUGCAUGCUGUAAUGAGGAUGAGCCCCAUGAGAGCCAUCUGAUGCUCACCUGCCGUGUCUCUCUGCUGUGCUGGAUGGCAGAGAGGGGGGCUGGUGCCAAUGCAGACCCACCGACGGCACCGUGCAGCCCCACCCCGACACCAUAAGACAGGAGCCGCCAAGUAAGUCACACACACACAAAGCUAUGCACAUCUGAUGCACACCUGCCGUGUCUCUCUGCAAGAAGGCCGAGGAGGAUAUCGAUCGCCGUCUACAUUUUGUAUUCCUGAGGCUCUCUCGUGACCGACAUCGAUGACUUCGAUGAUUAUCUAUUCACUGCACAGUAAGAGGCCACCACCUGGUGUGAGAAAUGUCGAGGUCUGCGUGUCUGUCUGUGCCUCUCACC